AGCCCCUGUCAGACACGCUAUAAAAUGAGCCUCUUUCUGCAGAUCUUGCACUGCUUCCAGGCUCCUUCUGCUACAGUACACCAUCAAAUCAAGAGACGCCGUCAGCCUGAAACCCACCUCGAGGAACCAUGCAGUCUGCCGAUGCCAAGCUCAGCCGGAGCUCCCUGCUGCUGGCCCUGAGGCGCUACAGCACAGCAGUGCACAAUAUGGAGCAGACCGUCCUGCUUCCCAGCCUCCUCAGAGACGUGCCGUACCACAACGAUCCGGACUGUGAGGCUGCCGACCACAGCAUGGACCUGUAUGAGCACUAUCUUCUGCUGAAAGCCAUCAAGAACACGGUGGAGAGCGGCCUCGUCCCACAUGACGAGGCCAAGAGUCACGCCGCCCUGCACAAAGGCCUGGAGCCCCUGCUGGAGGCCGAGCCUGAGACGCUCUUCCAUUUCCAUUUGCGAGGCCUGUUCACGGUCAUGGCAACUCUCACAAAGAAGUCCCAGAACUUGACUGAGAAAUAUUUGGACAUCAUUGGCAUCAGUCAUUAGGAUUCAGCACACCCCAAAAAUCCAUGUUGGGUUAGGUUGCAAUUACCUGGAAUGCUGUUUACGUCUUUGUCACUAUGUGACAUGCAAUAACUUUAAAAUUUAAUUUCCAUUACAUUUGGCUGCUUGUACUAUUAGCUUGCAUUCUGUGUAAUGAUCGAAAGUGAACAAUUCUAAAUCACUUUGGAAAUGACUGCUUAACUUCAAAUAAUAGGGUUUGCAGUGUAAGUUAUGAUUUGUUUUUUAAUGGACACAAUUUUGUAAAUUAUAUACACAAGAUAACUGAAAUGCUUUUAAAGACUUUCACUUGAUGCAAUUGUACAUAAUGUGCACAUCGUACAUUGUAAAAGAAAUUCACAAAAUGUCAUUAAAAAUGACCAGAAUAUGUGUUAGUGAAAUCAUCGAGAUUUAAGCCAAUAAUAAAAGGCAACUGUUGUAAUAUUGCCAAAUUACUGUACAAA